UUCCAGAUGUGUGCAUGUGUGAAUCAGAGCUGGGAUCCCCCAACUGGAGGGAACCUCUGGACUGCGUCCGAGCCUCCGAGCUGUGCAACCAGAACAGUCAAUGUAGCUCGCGCUACCGGAUCAUGCGCCAGUGUCUGUCCGGCGGGGACAAAGAGCGCAGCACCAUGCUGGCCUCCAAAGAGUGCCAGAGGGCACUGGAGGUGCUGCAGGACUCUCCUCUGUACGACUGUCGCUGCAAGAGGGGGAUGAAGAAGGAGCUGCAAUGUCUGCAGAACUACUGGAGCAUCCACAUGGGCCUAACAGAAGGAGAAGAAUUUUACGAGACAUCUCCCUACGAGCCGAUCCAUUUCUCUGAAGAAUUCAGACAUGCCUCCAUUAUCUCAGAUGGCUUUGGCUUUGCCUUCUGGAAACUCCUGUCUUCCUUUGUCUGCUUGGAUCUGUUCGUCCGCCAGUUCAGCAGCCUUCUUGGCUUAGGCUCCUGGAACUUCUUAGGCGGUGUUCAUCUCGUGCUGUUGGAAGCCAUCUGGCUGGAUUCCACUCCUUCUAGCCACAGACUGAACUCACACUCCCACGAUCAUCCUCUGUCAGAUUAUUGUGGUCACUAA